AAACGUCAAGCGUGAUCAUUAGUUUCGAAGGUCCUCUCCAAGAUGAAGUUCGUUCUAGCAAUUUGCCUUCUGGUGGUAUCGGUCCAGGCCACAGAUUAUUGUGAACCCUCGCUUUGCCGCAAAGGAAGUUCACACGUUGCCUGCAAUGCCAACCCUGGAUACGGCAAACCCGAUGCCUAUACUAUUCCCUUCGACAGCGACAAACAAGCGAUGAUCGUCCAGCUGCACAAUGAAAUGCGUAACAAGAUUGCUCUCGGAAAGCAGAACUACACCAAAGGAUUCUAUCCAACGGCAGCUCGUAUGACUACGAUGCAAUGGGACGACGAGCUAGCUUUUAUUGCAGCGGCCAAUGCUAGGAAGUGUGUAUUUAAACAUGACCAGUGUCGCAACACUGUCAAGUAUCCGAUAUCUGGUCAGAACAUUGGAAUCUUUGGAUACGGUGGAACUCGCGACCCCGACGUACUGAUCACCAAACUAUUCAAUAUGUGGUAUGCCGAAUAUAAGCAUGCUAACCCUGAGAUCACCAAGAAAUACCCGAAAGGUUAUAAGGGACCCGUUAUCGGACAUUUCACCCAAGUGGUUCAGGAUCGCGCGGAUCGGAUUGGAUGUGCUGUGACUCAUUGGACCGAUAAACCUUAUAACAAGCUUUAUUUGGUGUGCAACUAUGCCCGGGUCAAUGUAGUGGGACAACCAGUUUACACUCCGGGAGAUGUUGGAUCACAAUGUACAACAGGCACCAAUAGUGAGUUCCCUGGGCUGUGCAGCCCUGAUGAGGUUAUCUCUUAUAAAGUUUAUAAUUAAACUAACCGAUAAAUAAACGGUGGCGUUUAAAUUUG